GUUUGUUAUAUGAGUUUGGUUUAGGUGUCGUGGUGUGUGCUGUAGUUUCAAGCUGUUUCUGAAAUGGGCUAAGAAAAUGACGUUGUGUGACUGUUUACAUUAGGAACCAAUGUGCAGUGGCUGAGUGGGGGGAGCACCGGAAGUCUUGUUUUUCCAUGUGUAGUGACCCCCUUCGGUGCCAGGUAUGUCAUUGGUCAUGAAUGUCACCUCUCCCCUGCACCGCCUCCUCGCCAGAGCGGCCCGCCUAUCGUGUCGGAGGAUCGGCUCGGCCGGGGCAACCGCUGAGGACUUGGCGCGGCAUUGGCGGAAUGUUUUCCAAGAUGGCGGCGUCCCGGAGGCGAAGGAAUCCAGCGAGAUUCUAAUAGCGCAUGCACUUGGAGCGAAGACGUUUCGGGGUCUGGCCCGGCGCCUGGCUCGUUCCCCGGUCUCUGAAGAUCAAAUGAAGCGCGUAGAGAAGAUGGCGCAGGAGCGGCUGAAGAGGGUCCCUAUUCAGUACAUUAUUGGAGAGUGGGACUUCCUGGAUCUGACGCUGGAGAUGAGGCCGCCCGUUUUUAUCCCGCGUCCUGAGACCGAGGAACUGGUGGGACUGGUUCUGGCGGAUUGUCCGGGGGCGAGGGAGUCGCCUGAGCCCAGAAUCCUGGAGGUGGGCUGCGGUUCUGGCGCCGUGUCCUUGGCUUUGCUGCGGAACCUUCCCCGGGCUCGUGUCCUGGCCGUAGAUAAAACCGAGGCGGCGGUGAAUCUCACCGCAGAUAACGCCGAGAGACUCAAUCUGCAACACCGAAUCCAGAUUCUUCAGCAUGACAUAUUGUCAGACCCCGCAGAGCACCUCCUCGCCCUGGGCCCUGUGGACAUUUUGGUCAGUAACCCUCCCUACAUCUUCACAGAGGACCUGUCUGGUUUGGACCCGGAGAUCUUGAGGUAUGAGGACCGCGCAGCAUUAGACGGGGGCUCUGAUGGAAUGGAAGUAAUAAAGGCAAUUCUACGUCUUGCACCUCUCCUGCUGAACCCCGGAGGGUCCGUCUUCCUAGAGGGAGACCCCCGACAUCCGGACAUGGUGCAGGAGUGGCUGCAGGACCAUCCCGAGCUUCGGCUCCAACUUCUCAGUGUGGUGAAAGACUUCUGCAGCAAGCCGAGGUUUAUUCACCUGCGGAGGAGAGAUGGGACCUCGUCUUCCUGAAGAUACUCAGCUGGGCCACCAUGAUCUGCUUGUCCUUUGUAGGGUGUGCGGGGGAGGAGCUCGGAGGGAUGAGAUUUCCACCAACCAACCAACAAA